CCAUCGCAAUGAGGCUGGACCUUACCGUGGUGCGAUGGUUUGCGUGCCUCAGAGAUCCAUUGAGCUAUGCUGGGUGGUGCUUUUGCACCUUCAGAGCCACUCAUACCAGAUUGGUCAAUGGUUAGAGGCCAGACAAACUCAGCCUCCUGGUCCUCCAGGUUGGGGGUUGGAAUGGGGGUGGCUCCUCAUUUCAUAAAACGGGCUCCGUAGUCCAAUGCCAAAACCCGCUGCCUUGCGGUCAGGUUUUUGAACCAAAGGCUUUGGUUGAGAACCCUAAUCGUUCUCCUGUCUAGGCCUGGGCAACCUGACAGUAUUCUGCCCACGCAAUACAAUGAAACUUUCCUACAACAAUUUCUUGAUGCUCUGGCCGUCGCAGAGGAUAAUAAACGGCGCCCUAUCUGCUGCAUCGAGCAGGGUGGAUAGGGGUUUGGAUGCUACUGCUCAGGCCUUCCCGUCUUCUUAUACCCCUUCUUGCGCUUCUUCAUCCUUGUCGUCCCGCUCCAACUUUACUUAUAUCCCCCCCAUUUUCAAUCCCCCAAUUCUUGGCCCUCCCCCAGCUUUCUUCAGUAGUCGCUUGUCUUCUAAUUUCAAAUCACACACAAUCCCAGGGCCUCGCUCCAAUCCAGUUGACAAGUCCAUGUUCAAGCAAGCGGACAACGUCAGUUCAUCCGUUUCCCUUUGGAGUCCUCGCGUCUCGCUAAGACUGGCAUGCUUCAACGUGCGCACUUUGCUGCAGAUUGGCCAACAGGCAGCACUUGCCCGCACACUAGAGACCCUAUCGAUCGAUAUUUGCUGUUUAUCAGAAACCCGCCUGCAAGAUUCGAGCUCCGUAUUUACCCUGAGAUCCCCCACAUGCGACACUGGCGGCACAUUCUCAUUGCGCUUAUCUGGCGAUGAUACAGCUUCAAAUGCCGGUCAAGCUGGCGUCGGCAUUGUUUUGAGUCCCCGGGCUGAAGCUGCCCUGAUUGAUUGGAUCCCAGUAAACAGUAGGAUGUGUGCCGUUAGAUUAUCUGGUUCGUUCCGUGCUACGAAGUCGCGCGGGGACAAACGGUGCCUGUUUGUCAUUGCGGCUUACGCCCCUACAAACUGUAGCACUGAUUCGGUAAAAGAUGAUUUCUAUCAGCAACUGCACGAGCUCCUUCGUUACAGAAGAAGCACGGAUACUGUGGUGUUGGCUGGUGAUCUAAACGCCCAAGUCGGAAAGUUGUCCUCUGAUGAGCUUCAUCUGGGCGGCCAACAUGGUGUAGGCUCGCGUAAUGAUAAUGGUGAGCGAUUGCUACAGCUGUGUGAAGAUGCUCGCCUCUUUCUCGCGAGCACUAACUUUCGACACAGCACCCGCAGAAGCGUGACUUGGCGGCCAUCAACCUCGGGCCAACCAUGGACACAAAUCGAUCAUAUCGCGAUCAGUUACCGCUGGAGGGGCUGUGUCCAAAAUUGUCGCUCGAUUUGGAGCACGUGCAUGGACUCUGACCACGCACUUGUCUGUGCCGACCUCCGGGUGCGUUUCGGUGGACGCCCGCAACGUCGAUCUGAACGGAUUGACACCAGCCAGCUGGCGAAGCCAGAUGUUCUGAAUGUAUACCAUAGUGCGCUGACAUCUGGGCUGAGCAAGCGCCCACUAAACACCGUUGAAGAUCACUGGUCGCAUAUUCGUCAAACGUUACUGUCAGCAGGCAUGUCUUCAUGUGGCAAAGCAAAUUGCCAAACCGGACAUUGGGUCUCUACACAGUCUAUGGAACUUAUGGAUGCUCGCCGACGUAUUCCGGCUGGAAGCGAAUACAAUGAGGCUCGCAAAAAUGUCAGGGCAAAACUACGUGCUAGCCUUAGGAAGGACCGCGAAACCUGGUGGUCUCAUCGUGCCUCUGAGAUGGAAACAGCCGCUGCCGUGGGUAAUCAUCGUAAGUUAUUCCGUCUGAUACGGGAAACAGGCAGCAGGAGACCUGGUGUUAGCGAGACCAUACGCGACGAGAGUGGGCAGCCGAUCCACAGCUUGUCAAAACGCUUGGAGCGUUGGGCCGGACACUUUGCAAGGCAAUUUAACAAACCUGUGUUAUCGCUUUCUUCUUCGGGCAUUGAGCGCCCUUCUCCUUGGUCCGUCUCCUCGGAUCCGCCCUCACGGGCAGAGGUCGAACGUGAGAUCCGGCUGUUGAAAUUGCAUAAGGCCUCAGGAGCAGAUAGAAUUCCCCCAGCCCUCUUCAAAUUCGGGGGACCUGCUCUAGUAGAUGAUCUACACGAGUUGCUCGUAAAACUUUGGGAGCAGGAGACAGUCCCGACAGACUGGAACCGCUCCGUCAUUGUCCCAAUUUUCAAGGGAGGCUCUCGUUUGGAAUGCGGCAAUCAUAGAGGGAUCAGUCUGAUUUCGAUUGCCUCUAAAUUGCUUGCCUCUGUCAUUCUCCACAGACUGACUGGCACUCGUGAAAGCCAGAUUCGUGAAGAGCAAGCCGGAUUUCGUCGAGGUCGGGGCUGCAUCGACCACAUCUUCACAUUGCGUCAAGUGUUGGAGCACCGCCAUGUUUAUUGGCGACCCACCGUUGUCGUGUUUCUUGACAUAAAAGGUGCCUUCGAUUCGGUCGAUCGAUGUGCCCUUUGGGACUGUCUGCUGAGGAAAGGUGUGCCUGAUAAAUAUGUAAACAUUAUCAAAGCACUGUACACGCAUAGUUCGGGCAGGGUGAGGGUUUAUGGCAAACUCUCGCCACCCUUCAAUAUCACCAGCGGUGUGAGACAAGGAUGCCCGCUGUCACCUUUCCUCUUCAACUUCGCUAUUGAUGAGGUCAUAGAAACAGCGUUCGCUGGACACGACCUAGAUGGUGUGGAGCUACUUCCUGGUGAGCGACUUCUUGACUUGGAGUAUGCGGACGAUAUUGCCCUAAUCUGCGACAGCCUCCAAACAUGCCAAAGAGCACUGGACCGAUUAGCACUGGCUGUCAAUCGUUUUGGGCUAUGCUUUGCUCCAUCGAAAUGCAAAGUACUUCUCCAAGAUUGGCAAGGACCCAACCCUGCGCUAACGCUUGGUGGUGAUCUGCUAGAAGUCGUUCAGGAAUUCAAGUACCUGGGCAGCUAUAUUAGCACCCGUGGGAUUGAAGAUGAGGUUACGAACCGCAUAGCAAAAGCUCGAGGUGCUUUUGCCAAUCUCCGCCACCUGUGGCGCAGACGCGACAUUACUCUCGCCCUGAAAGGCAGAGUUUACAACGCAGCCGUCCGUUCCACUCUCUUAUAUGGUUGUGAAACCUGGCCCAUCAGGUCGACUGACAUGAAGAGACUCGUCACAUUCGAUCAUCGCUGCCUUCGCAGCUUAGCUCAUGUCUGGUGGGAACACCGCGUGAGCAAUGAGCGUGUUCGACGUCGCGUAUUUGGUGCAGGCAGAGCGAGUGAACCGCUCAGCAGCAUUAUAUCACGCACCAGGCUCCGAUGGCUGGGCCACGUGUUGCGCAUGCCAGCACACCGACUCCCGCGACGUGCAUUGUUUGCGCGUUGUGGGUGCGGUUGGAAGAGGAGGAGGGGAGGCCAAGUGAUGACUUGGUCGAGAGAAAUGAAAACCCUCACUUCAAAGUUGGCGUCGGUUGGUGUAUCCCGACUGCCUGGCUGGGGUCCUAAGGACGGUGAACACGUUUGGUUGGACACACUUGCUGAUAUGGCUAGGAGCCGGCACCAAUGGCGUUUGUGUUGUGAUUUCCUUUGCCCAUCCCCCUCCUGUUUAGUAUCCCCCUCCAACCACGAUCUCAUCUGUUAGGCAUAAUAUGAUUCUCUUUUUACGGCAGCCAGCUGUUAGCUCUCCGGAACGAUGUCCAUCCGUUACUGGGGACUCAGCGGGCGUGCCACUGUUUUUUCCUUUUCUUUUAUUUUGUAUUGCGGCACAAUAGCUGAGGUGUAUUCCACCUCCAGCUAACGUGUAAUGAUGAUGAUGAUGAUGCCGUUC